AUGGACCUAGCUUACGGUAUCCGAAAUAGUAUAAGUUAUAAGGCCAUGUCUGAAUCUCACUCACUUCAUGACGCUUUCUUCGUGAGGAAACGAAACGUUAGUGAACUUCACUACUACCUGAAUGACCUUAAUUCACACAUCAGUUUCAGUACGGAGAUAGAGUCUACUUCUCGUACACUGCCCUUCGAAGACUGCGUGACGCAUAAGAAGAGGUUGAUCAGACAGCAGUCCCAAACUGAAGUAAAGAAUAAACUUCAGGGCAGUGAAUAUCAAGCUAGUUUGAUUAGGCGUCAGUUACGAGGGACGUUCGUACUGAUUGGAACUGCUGUGAUUCCGUACAAACCAGGGAUAUCGGAAGUCAUUCAAAGAAUUCAGAAUAAGGCUAACAUAAGAUUAGCUUUUUCGAAGGGAAACACUCUGUGCUCUGAAUUGGUACAGAGCCCGCCUGCAAAGAGAACCAAGGACCGUGUCUACAAAAUUAACGACUGCACUACGGCCUACUUAGGACAGACGGCCGGGGAAGCAUACUCGAGGAUCGGAGGACACAGGCUGUCGAUAAUUGCACAUGGAUAUCGAGCGUUACUGAAAGACUCAGUAAUGUCGGAACAUGAACUGGGCAUGGGACAAAAAAUAGAUCAUUCAGAUAUCCCAACAUAUCAACGAAUGUGGGAGUUUAUGAACGCAAACAAGUCAUUGUUUGUCAAUAAAACCGAGGAUGGCAUUGUCCGUGCCUUGAAUGGUGACUACGCCUUCAUUUUGGAAUCCACGCUGAACGAGUAUUAUUCUCAAAGGAAUUGUCAGCUGACACCUCUCGGUGGUCUGUUAGACCCGCGAGGUUACGGAAUCGGUUUGCCGAUUGGAAAUAACGGACUUCGGGACUUAUUGUCUGAGGGCAUACUCAAAUUGCAAAAGGAUCAAACACUGGAAAAGAUGCGCCAGUACUGGCUACAACGUUACAACGCCACAGUACCCUGCUAUUUACAGUCUUCACAAUCUGCCCUACCUUCGCGAACACAACUGACAAUGGCCAAAAUGUCGAGUGCAUUUAUCGGACUCGGAGCAGGAUUGUUGCUGGGAUUAAUUGUUUGGGUGGGAGAAAUGAUAAAUUGGCUUCAAAAGUUACGACACAGUCCCAAUCGACGUAGCUGUACCGAAGUGUGCACCCAUCUUCGUCACGUUCUGUGCGAAAGCUGUAACCGUGGUCGGAGACGAUCGUUGGACGAAGCGCUCAUUUUGCCUUACAAACGUCAAGAAUCCGAACAGACAGUCCCAAAUGGGGUAGUCGGAAUAGGUCAACAAAUAAGCAGCAGUAACAAAAACAAUGCUAGUUCUGGAGCUACUCGACCGCCAAAAGUGACCGCCUUGUAG